UCCCCGCACAUCCUGCUGCUGCUGCUGCUGCUGCUGCUGCUGCUGCACCUCAGGGACCGACUCACACCCGGCAUACUGACUCACUCAACGCCGAUGCACCUGAAGCUCCCGGCAAAACAUACGCUGGAAUCAAAUCGUUAUGGAUAACCGAUAAUCGGAACUAACAUGCGCCGGGCUCCCCGUCCUCGCCAUCCCGGGCUAUGCAGGUGUAAGAGCCGGUUCAGCGACAGGAUCAGCUGCACUGUGAUCAAACGCUGGAGCUCGGUAUGAGUGAGCUGAGCCUGGGAGAGCUGCCCAUGGAGAGCUGGAUGUCUCACCUGCCAUGUGCUCUGUGGGACAUCCCCCUGUACCACCUGUCCAUCCCGGGCAGCCACAAUGCAAUGACCUACUGUCUGGAUAUGAAUGACAGAUCACCCGUUGACCUCACCCAACCAGACAUGCUUCAGAAACUGGACAAAUACAUGAAGCCACUCAUUCGCCCCUUUGUGUACAAGUGGGCGAAAACGCAGGAGUACACCAUAAAGCAGCAGCUGGACUGUGGGGUCAGAUACUGUGACCUGAGAAUUGCACAAAGGCCCAACGACAGCUCCACUGAUCUUUACUUCUACCACGGUGUUUACACCACCCUCACUGUGGAGACUGUUCUCAUGGAGAUAAGAGAGUGGCUGGACGCUCAUCCCAAAGAGGUGGUCAUCCUCUCCUUCAGCCACUUCCUCGGUCUGAGCCAGGAGCUCCACAUGCUGCUCCUAACGACCAUACGCAAAGCAUUCACCUCCAAACUCUGUCCUAAAAUGGAAGUGUUAACUCUCCGAAACCUGUGGGCUUUAGGCUACCAAGUGAUUGUUUCCUAUGAGCACAAUAUUGCCAGUUGUCACGGCGACCUGUGGCCACACAUACCUUAUUGGUGGGCCAAUAAAUGCAAAGCUGAGGCUCUUAUCGAGGAGUUUGAACACAGGAAGCAACAUGGCAGACCAGGAGGUUUCUUCGUCACAGGAAUUAAUCUGACAGAGGACCUGAAAUACAUCUGCACACACCCGACAGAGUCCCUGAAGGACCUGGUGGUGUCCACGUACCCGACUCUGCUCAGCUGGGUCAAAGAGCAGACCCCCGGCUCCAGAGUGGGCUCUCUCAAUAUCAUUGCUGGGGACUUUAUCACCGAGAGCCACUUUGUACCAACUGUUGUUACACUGAAUGAGAAACUACUGAAAUGGUCCUCAUGACUUUUUACCAUUACAAGUUAUUCUACGAAAAAAAAAAGUGAAUCAAAGCAUGAAAUACACACAAGCUUGUUUUGUUAAGAGCGGCAGAAAAAAAUACUUGAGUACUUGAACUAUUCAUUUACAUGUAAAUGCACUUACUGGAGGCAGUGAAAUGUAUAUUUCAGUCCUAAAGCUGCUUGGAAACAGACUUCUGUUACUUUGAACUGCAUUUGUUUGUUUACAUUCAGUUCACUAUUUAUGCAAUGCACUGUAUCAGUUUUCACAAGUCAGCAAGGCGGCUCGUUUUAUGUUACGGUGACCAAAGCAAUAAUGAUACUACUAAUCUCACCUUAAUGUAGGCAUUUUAAAUGAGUAAGCACAAAUAAUGUAUUCAAAGAGCACAUAUGACUGUAAUGUAGACUUUUUUAAAUAUGACAUGUGGGCAGCAAGUUUAAGAAGUAGCUAAACUGUAUCACCUACAAUACACGUAUUUAUCCGUAGAGAAUGUAGAGAACACAUGAAACUUAUGCAAAAUGCAUGGAAACAUUAUUUGCAUGAAAACAACCUUGACUGUUCUAUUUAAAAUUGACUUGAGCCAGCAGGGUAGGCCUUGGUUUAAAAUAAUGCUGCACCACUGUGCCUGUGGAGAUGAGCUUUUCAAAUAAACAUGAGCAUUUUUAAGCUAAUUAUGUCAUUUUAUUCACUCAGCAUUCAGACAGACAGA